CUAUGGUCACGAUCAUCAUCGUUUUGGCAAUAAUCUGUGGAAUUGUCUGUUCUAUAUGCAUACCUUUUUGAUAUCAUGGCUCAUAAUAACCGAUAUGGCAUGUUUUGAAUAUCCUGAACGUUUAUGGGAUAGUAAUGAUACCGGAGGUAUUGAAAUAAUGAUAAAAUAUCUAUACCUAAUCGACUUAUCGAAUUAUAUUUAUUCAACAAUUCAUUUGAUAAUCAAUUAUCGUCAUCAGUGGGAUUACGAUUCGCCAAUGUUAAUCGUGCAUCACUUAGCUGCAAUCAUACUGUUCAUAUUAUCACAUUCGAUUCGAAUGUAUCGGAUGGGUGUAGCAAUCAUAUAUCUAUUGGAAAUAUCUGAAGUAUUUUAUUUUCUGCGUUGCACAAUCAAAAUCCAGUUAUCCAUUAUUCAACGGUGGAAAAACUUAAUACGUUUCAUUGGAUUUUCCUCAAUGCUCAUCAUUUGGAUUUACAAUCGAUUGUAUCGAUAUCCACUUAUCAUUUUGGCAUCGGCUGUCGAUUUUGGCUAUCAUCGUCUCAUAUUGAUCGAUACGAUUGCUAUCUAUGUAUUCGUCUAUUAUAUUCUGUUAUUGAUACAGCUUUUCAAUAUUUAUUGGUCCAUUAUUCUUAUCAAAUUGAUCAUUCAUAUCUUUCGUAAUGGUUUGGACCAAUUGGAGGAUGUCCGAGAAAUUCGUUGCCAAAAAUAAUACAAAUCAAUUGCCAUUCGUUCAUUCACUUGUGCUUGUUGUUUUUCUUUUAUUAUUCCAAUAGCGACAAAAACAGUUUUUUUUCUAUUAACUCUUUUUUUCUGACGUC